GUACAAAAUUAUUAUGAAUACUGCCCAUCUUGAAAAGCAAACAGAUUUAGAAAUAUUAUGAAAAAACAGAGGGCUAACAAACUCAUUAAAUCAAGGCCAACUUCAUCAUCAUUUUUGGCGCCGAGGAUUGAACCAGAGAUAAGCAAAGCAGCAAUACUGCGAAAAAAGCUUUAUGAAUUUGCAGUUUGAAUCCCUUCCAACUUUGUGUUAAGGGAGGAUUGAACUGGAAAGUCAACCAAAAAGAUCCAAAACUAAAGGUCAUUGUUAUUUUUAGGUAGGGGUGCAGCUUGUCUAUUUCUCCUAGUAAGCAAGUGGAAACAUGGCGGAGGCAGUCAUUCUAUCGAUGAUAGAAAAGCUGGAAAAUUGUCCAGUAAAUAGGGAUAAUAUAAUACAUAUUUCUGGACCUAUCAAAUGGAUAAUUAGUGAAUUGAGACAUAUUGUGGAUUUAGUGAGGAAUAAGAAAUUUGGAGAGGGACGAAGACUCAGCUUUUUGGUAUCUGAUCUAGUCCACAUGGCUCACGAUGCUCUCGACCUUCACAAGAAGGGAAAAACUUCUGAAUUGUAUUUCAUUGCAAGAUGGAUUGGAGAGAUCAAAAUGCGAAUGAGUAAACUGGGGGUUGAUGGGGCGGAGACAGAAUCCAACUCCGAAGAUCAUGCGGUGCUAGGCUUGGACAAACACAUAGAAAUGGUGCUCCGCACAAUAAUUGUUUAUACCAAAGAAUAUCGUCCAUUGGUUCUUAUCAAAGGCAUGGCUGGCAUUGGAAAGACGACUCUUGCUAGAGAGAUAUACAACCAUGCAGACGUCAUUGAGCGAUUCGAGUAUCGUGCUUGGGUAUGUGUUUCUAAUGUCACAACUCUUAAAGAUUUAAUUAUCAAACUACUACAACAUGCCGUAGUAGAUGUGGAUGGUGACAAUCUUCAUACACUGGAGGAAAUGGACAACCAAAGCCUCCUAUCUAUGCUUCACCGGCACAUGAGAGGACAGCCAUAUUUAAUAGUUCUCGACGACUUGCCCAAACAAAUAUACUUCAGACCUAUCUGGAAAGCUCUUAAAAAAGAAGUAUCCGAUGGAAGUAAAUUGGUGGUCACAAGUCACAUGAUGCAUGGAUUUCUAAAAAACAAACUCCACGAUGUUUAUAAGAUGGAACCUUUGGAUUCUAUUAUGAGCUGGCAAUUGUUUUAUAAAACAAUAAACAGUGGGAAUAAAUUGAGGAAUGAGCAGAAAUUCCCAAAAGAGUUAGAGUACCAAGGAAAACUAAUGUUGAGAAAGUGUGGCGGUCUGCCAUUAGCUAUUAAAGAAGUGGCAAAUCAGCUAGCUCAAAAGAAAGCCUCUACUGGAAGUGAAUGGGAACAACUUCUUGAGUGUGUUGAUUUUGGUUCAACAUUGGAGUUAUUGGAACCGUAUUAUAAAAAAUUGGACACCAGAUUGCUGCUAUGUUUCAUGUAUAUGGCCUUGUAUAAGGAAAAUACAACUUUGAGGGCAAAUAAGUUGACACAGAUUUGGUAUGCAGCAGGAGAAAUGGCGCGUAGUCAUUCAUACAUUGAGGGUUUAAUUGAUGAAUCUGUUAUUGAUGAAAUCAACGACAAGAGCACACGGUAUCGCAUGAAUCCAGUGCUACACAGACUAUCCAUUAAAAAAGCAGAGAAGGGAAUUGGCUUUGAGAUCCUUGGAAGUAAUCGACUCAAUGGAAAUCCACGCCAUCGUGUGAUCAUUUGUAGCAGAGACAAUUUCAGCUACUCAAUGAAUCAAAACAAUUACUAUCUUGUUUCUCUCUUCUUUCAUGGAGGUGGUUAUUUCAAUGCUAGUCCAACCUAUUGGAAAGGCUUUGAAAAACUUAAGAUACUUGACUUUGAAGAUUUUGGGUUGAAGAUUGUACCUGAAACGAUCGGCAUAUUGACGAAAUUAAGUUACUUGGGAUUGAGAAAUAAUUACAUAAAGGAGCUCCCAAAAUCAGUGGGGUGCUUGAAGAAUCUUGAGGUUCUUGACAUAGCUCAAAACUUUAUGGUGCAUGUACCAGAUAUUAUAUGGGAAAUGGGUAGCCUUGUCCACCUCUACAUGUCUGAUGUCAUUUGCAAGAAGCCUUUUAAGAUAGAUGUGCUACAACGGCUGGAGACGCUAACCUCGGUCUCAGUUGAUAAUCUGUUAUAUGAGCUCUCAGGCUUUAAAAUGUUGACUUAUCUUGCGAAAUUAGGUGUACAAGAUUUGGAUGGAAACACACAUGUAAGCAAGCUCUUUGUGUUGUUGUCCAACUUUAAAUUUCUUGAGCACCUAAUCUUAAGAGGAUACCGUUUUAAGAGCAUGUCUUGUUUGGUUGAGCUUGGUACUCUAAAAUAUGUCAAAACACUCAAAUUGGAUGGACGCCUUGAUAGGUUGCCGAAUAGUUUCCCUUGCCAGAUGGCUUCCUUGACGUUGGCUAAUAGUUGUCUUGAUGAAGAUCCCAUGCCACUUCUAGGGAAGCUAUCUCAAUUAAGGAACCUCAUAUUACGGAAUGCCUUCACAGGUCAACGAAUGGGGAUCUUUAAAGGCGAUUUUCCCAUACUUCAAGUCUUGUGCAUGGAAGAGUUACGGCAUCUGAGGAAUCUACAAAUUGAAAAAGGUGCACUGGAUUAUGUUCACAAAUUAGAAAUCCACAAUUGUCCAUAUCUGGACACCCUCCCUGAAGAGGUUCGGUCAAUGCAUCGUCUGGAGGAGUUAAAGAUGGAGACAACCAAAACCAUUUCAACAAACAUCAAGAAUUCACACUCAAUCUCCGAAAUAAGGUUUGUGAAUAUCAAUCCAUAAGCACGGUUAUUGGUAAUAGGUUUGUGAAUAAGUAUUUAUAAUUUUACAGUUGUAAAUGUUGUUUAUCUUAAAUUGGAUUAUGGUCAUUGAGUUGUUAAUGGCAUUUUUCAUACCAACCAACUUUUGGUGGAUGGUAGUUGUUCUGGUA